UGGCCCCGCCCCUUCCCCCUGCUUGUUCCACCAUUGCCUCCCGAAAUUCCAUCUCCCCCUUUGAAGGAGUGUACGCUGAGCGGGGCAGACCGGGCAGCCGCACGACCCGCACCACCCGCGCCGCUUCUGUGCGGCGGCUGCCCCGGGCGCGGCGUGCGCCCCGCCGAGCCCCUGCAUCCCAGCAGAAGGAGCGGCGCCGGGAGCCGGGCUUAGUGAACGGGCUAGGGGCCGCCGGGAGGCACGGGGAGGUCUCAAAGAGGAGGAGAGGCGGCGGCGAGGGGGGCGAGACGGUCCCGCGUCUGCUGAUAGCAGCUCCCGACCCUCCUGCGUCCCUGCCCGCGCAGCCUGCGGUGCGCGGACACCAUGGCCGGCGAGAUCGAGGAUCUGAACAGUCGGGAGGCGCAGACUGUCUGCGACGGCCUGGAACGCUACGAGGACACGCUGCGGGGCGCCGUCCGGGAGAUCCAUGUGGACAUCCAGCUGUUCAAGCAGGGAGUAGGCCGGCAGGUGGAGGAGGUGCUGCGCCUCGCCAGCCCCCUGGCACACGCCGUCUCUGAGCUGCAGCAGGAGAACCGGCGCCUGCGGGUACAGCUGGAGCGCCUGUCUCGGCAGGUGGAGGCCCUGGGCAGGUCGGCGGGGCUGCCGCAGGAGUGGGUGAACGAGGCGGCAGAGAGCUCUCAAGUCGUGGGGCCCGGCUCGCCGGCGCAGGGUUCGGCCGACGGCGCAUUCUCCGGUCAUACCAAGCUAACGGUUGCUGGCCGGAGCCAAAGUGUAGACCUGGAUGACCACCAGAAGCCUGAGUUUAGAAGAGUUUUUAGUUCUUCCAUCAUUGAAAAUGGGCAUCGAUCUUCAUCAUCAGGUCAGGCAAAAGUCGCCCGUGAACUGACCUGUUUUCAGAUGUCAGGAUCUUCGUCCCCCGAAGCCCAUGCCCCUGCAGUCACCUUACAGAUGCCCCACCUUCCCGUUACUGCAGUAACCAGGACAUCUGAGAGGUUUUCAGGAGAGAACAUCUGUCCAACAGGAACAACUAAUACAUCCUCUUGCCUGCUGGGACAGGGCAAGAGCGCAAAUACAACGGGAGUAAAAUCUUCCAACCAGCCAGUGAAGGACUGGAAUUCAAUUACAAUGAGAACAGUGGACUCAUCUGCCACUGGAGAGAAUGCUACUUCUGUCACCAAGCCUGUCUCAACUGUGAACUACGGGCUGCGUAGUGGAGCCCAAACUGGUGAAAGUGCCACUGACAGUUACUGUGAGGUGACCCCCAGUACUCACUCACCUCCUCCUACUGUGCAUCGCCAAGUUGAAAGGAGGCGAGAAUUGGUGCGGUCUCAGACGCUCCCGCGGACUAUGGGAACGCAGGCCAGGAAAGCGCUUUUUGAGAAACUCGAAUGCGAUGAUGGAAAAGGAAAAGGAGAAUCCAGAGCUAAGCUGAAGAGGUCGCUCAGUUUUGGGGUUGCCAGCGCUAGCAGCAUUAAACAAAUUCUGUUAGACUGGUGUCGCUCAAAAACCGUAGGAUACAAGCACAUUGAUCUCCAGAACUUCUCGUCGAGCUGGAAUGAUGGGAUGGCAUUCUGUGCUCUUGUGCAUUCUUUCUUUCCUGAAGCUUUUGAUUAUAAUAAGCUUGACCCAGCUAACCGCAAGCAGAACUUUGAGCUGGCCUUCACAACGGCUGAGAAAAUGGCUCACUGUGACCGUCUGAUAGAAGUGGAAGACAUGAUGGUGAUGGGUCACAAGCCAGAUCCCAUGUGCGUCUUCACCUAUGUCCAGUCUCUGUACAGUCAUCUACGAUGUUUUGAAUAAAACCAUUGACACCUCUCCAGCCAGAAGGGUUAACUACAGCAUGCUAAUGGGAAGACGGGUCAUUUUGCAAAUGGAACACAGUAUUAUUUCUUGCUCUGUACGGUCCCUUUGCUUACAUGCAGCUGUGUCGCUGGCUGACUGAAGUAUUGCUGAGCAGUGCCCUGAAGUGUUGAUCACAUCACCAUGUCAGUAAUAUGGAAAUAGGUUUGAAAAAGACAAAAAGACAUUGGCAAAGGCAAAUAUUGUCAUUUUGGUGCUAGUAGUAGAUUGGAUUUGUAGGAUUUUUAUUCUUUAAAGAUCACAGGAAGCAAAUGUACUUCUCCUGUCUGUAAGGCUAGGGGUAAUUUUAUGCAGUGAUUCUGCUAUGAAGGUGUUCCAUCUUAAAAUGCAGGUAACUACAGAAGAUAGCACCUUCAGUUUCACUUCUCUGUUGAACAUAGUAUAAAAGAAAUAGCAGAUGGACAAGGAAAAUUCUGUUAAGCAAAUAAUGACCUAGAGUAUUCAACCACUAGAGCAAUAAUGCCUCUCCUCCAACCCUACCCCUCCACUCUAGCAUACACACACAAAGAUCAAACAGGCAUUGUUUUGUUCUCUUAAAGCAUAAAGAGAGGAUAACCUCUUGUCUGAUGAGUGUAGUGACAGAUUACUACGUUACAUAAUGGCAUUUGUCUGUAAUGGUCAAAUCUGAAAUGGUAUUUGAUGAGAGGGUUGCUAAUGCCUCUACUGGCAGUCCUGAAUUAAUUUCUUGGUAAGACUAGCAACAGCUGGGACUGUUCUUUGUCUGAGAUUGUGUUUAGGAUUGCAGAAAAGGUAGGAGCUAGCAAGGUACAAAAUCCUUUGAACAGUUGUAAUAGAAACAAGCCUGUAAUGUCCUUUUACCUAGACUCAGGGGGAGAGCAGCUCUUCAGUGUGGACAAGAGUGAACUCUUUACAACUCGUUCAGUACAGAUGCUGAUUCUGAGGCAAAUGAACAAUACGCAAAAAAUAUAUAUGAAAGAUGUGGGAGUUUUGAAAUAGUUUCAAAAGCUUUGCGCUAGUUUCAGUUUUCAGUUACAUUAGUAUUAAAACCACAGUACAGUUAGAUUAUUCCAGAUUUACUGGACUAAAAAAAGCCUUCUAAAAUGAUUUCUUCCCUAAGAACAGGCUCAUAGAAGGAAAAAAAUUGAAAGCCACAAAUCAUCUGCUCAUGCUAGUUCUAGAGGAUGUUUUUUCACCUGCCCUUGUUCCUUUUGUAGCUAUUUAGAAAGAUUAAUUUGGUUCUGUAUUGAUGACCAUUUAUAAUAAAAUAUGUCAAGCAUUCUUCAGAUUUAUUGCAUUUUUUAGAAUGAUGUGACAGAUAACAAAGUAAAAUCGGAGAAAACCACACAGAGCUUUUACUUAAAAGAUUUUUGUUCCAGUCAUGAUUCUGUGUGCUCUGAAUUUCAGUUAAAAAGUACAUAAGUUCAACUGCAUUUGAAAUAUGAUAUUACUUCAGUCUCCCUUUCUAGUCUAGUUUACUUAAAAACCAUGAAUGAAGCAACUGUUUUGUUAGCAUAUAAGUGCCAUUGCCUUCAGUUUUUUACUUUCUCUUAAAUGAUUAUAAUCCUGAGGAGUAAGUGUGAGCCUAUAGCCCUACCACUGUGAGGAUAAACACGUUGUACUUAUGUUUUGUAGGAGUUUUGGAUAAGCAUGAGGAGAAAUCUGUCCAAAAGUGGCACACACAAUACACCUGUUUACAUUCUUAGAGUAGAAUACUUUUUAUUGAGUAGCAGAGCCAAGGUCCACCAUAACUACCACAAGAGGGGCAAUACUGGCUUAAUGCAUCGCAUUCCUUCACAGCCCGAGGUCAUAGAUGAUUUUACUGUGUGAUGUGAGUGCUGAAGACGCAGGUAAGCGCUUGGCCAAUUUAGGCCUAAUAGCAUAUAAUUAUAUAAAGGAACUUUUAGACUGUAAAAUUAUUGCUAAUUCAACAGGGUGAAUCUACAUACUUUCUGUAAUUUAGCCUGGUUUUGCAACUAUCCACAAGGUAUUUGUACUGGUUUUCUAAAGUCUUCCCACUUCAGAGAGGUGAUCGUAAAAAUAUCUGGGACUUAACCAGCCACCUGUUUGCAGGAAAGUUGAAGACUGUAAGCUGAGUUGAUCUAUUGACGGUUUGUGCGUAAGGGUUAGGGAGAUAGUGCUAUGACGUACUUUUAGAAAAACUUACAGCUUUGUGCAUUAAGAGGUCUGCUCUAUAUGGAUAACCUCAACUAUUUGAUUGUAUGAUUAAAUUGAAAUUAAAGUAUAUAAUGUAUGCCCCAAAUUGAUUUUUCAGUAUUUUUAUUUUUUUAAAAAAUGCAGAGCAUGUGUGUAUAUAUGACAGUGUGUUUAGCAUGAAUGAUAAAAGAACAAUCUAUUAAGUUGGCAUAGUAUAUAUUUUACACAAAUGGACUGUUUCUUUUCUAAUGUUUCUGUAUUAUAUCUAAAAGUAUAUCUAUGGUUGUUUAUUGACAACUUGAUCCUACUUUUAAAGCCUAAAUCAAUUUGUUCUGUGCAAUAUUUCCAAGAUAAUGUCAGCAGAGACAUCAUCUACUUUUUAAGACUAUGCUUCCCAUAGCAGCAAAGUCUUUCUCUUUUCAUGUGUAAUAACUGGAUGAAUGUCUUUCAUCACUUCUCCCUUUGUGUGAUAUUUCCACUAAAGUGUUUAAUCUAAAGCUACGCUCAAACCCAUGCAAACUCUUGUACAUGUAUUUUAAAUAUAUGUAAUUACGUAUAAAACUAUCCCAAAGGUUCAACCUUGUAUCAUUAAUUUAAACCUGGCCUGGCUUACAGAGGUGGUUUUAAAGUGUCCAAAAUAAAAGAUGGGAUUACUUUGUGUAA